UUUUCUCGAAAUGUCAAAAAGAGGACGUGGAGGAGCUUCUGGCGCGAAGUUUCGUAUUUCUUUGGGUCUUCCAGUUGGAGCUGUAAUUAAUUGUGCUGACAAUACUGGAGCCAAAAAUCUUUUUGUUAUUGCUGUUUAUGGAAUUCGUGGUCGACUCAAUCGUAUGCCUAGUGCUGCAGUUGGCGACAUGUUUGUGUGUUCUGUUAAGAAAGGAAAGCCGGAGCUGAGAAAGAAAGUUCUGCAAGCUGUAGUUGUUCGACAGCGUAAACAAUUUCGUCGAAAGGAUGGGACUUUUAUUUAUUUUGAAGAUAAUGCUGGGGUUAUAGUUAACAAUAAAGGAGAAAUGAAAGGUUCUGCUAUAACCGGUCCAGUUGCUAAAGAAUGUGCGGAACUUUGGCCGAGAAUAGCUUCAAAUGCUAGUUCGAUUGCUUAA